AUGGCGCCUAACAACACCCGAGACAACUUCAAUAGCCAGCGCAUCAUCAACCAAGACGACAGCCCCAGUGCCCUGGCAGAGCGUCCUCCCACUGCCAACCGGCUUGAGCCAACCAAUGGCCUUUUCCGCCCUUACACCCCGUCGACCCUCGCAGCCCUCAACCAGGACGACUCUCCAACUCCCGCCAUACAUCAUGGCUCCCGUGUACAGUCUCUCCGCAACCAGUCAGAUUUUCCCGCGCCAUGGCCAGUACCCACACCUCCCUCCAUCGGCGACAACUCUUCUCCUUGGGUCCGUUUGGAUCCGGUCCCUCCCUUAACCUACCACUGCAGCUCUAGGUCUACCACAUCUGCCCCCAAUUCGACUUCGCUCUUCGGAAUCUCUGGGACAUCCACAUCCAGAUUCAUCGAGAAUGGGGUAAUCCUCACUCCCUCAUCAUCCGGCAACUUGACUCCGACCUCGGGCCCUCAAUACCCAACUCGUCCCCCCCGUCCAGCAGGGUCGACUUCGAAUCCCAUCAAUGCGUCUUCCGACCGCGACGCUAUCAGGGUGGUCAACCCCAGCAUUGGUUCAGGCCAGUUGCCCGCCAACCUGACUCCAACCUCGGGCCCUCAAUACCCAACCCGUCCCCCAAGGUCGACUUCGAAUGCCAACCAUGCGUCUUCCGAUCGCGACGCUAUCAUGGCGGUCAACCCAAGCCUUGGCUUGAGUCGAUUGUCCAUCGGCUCGGGUCCUACCCCGGGCCCUAGAUCUCAGACUGGUGCUGCGAAGUCGGCUGCGGAAGUCACCUUUGAUUCUUCCGAUUCGGAUUCAGACUUCGACUCCGAGUCGGACUCUGGUCGCGAGCCCGUUAUAAUGGGCAAUUCGAGCUCCGUCCGUGCCAACGCUUCGGCUCCCACCACCGUCGAGAAUGCUCCGCUUCGGUUCCUCAAUGCGCUUCCGCCUAUUAGAGACCCUUUGUCGGCGUUUCCUCCGGGGCCUAGGGGAGUUCCCUGGCACAACUUUAGUAGGCUCCCGCAUCCAUUGGGCCUUGUCACCGUCAGACACCGCAGACGUCCAUCUUUCCACUCCUCAGACGAGGAAGCAAUGCCCAUGCCCAGCCGUCGCAUCGCAGGCUCAUGGGAGACUCGCCUGGCACGUUCACAAGCUAGAUAUCAGGCGGCCACGGGCAACUCGCAGUGCUCUGGAUAUGCGCAUCGCCCCCGUCAGUAUGGCCCUCCCAGCAACGCCACCUCUUCCCAGCCAACCGAAGGUCGACAGCCGCAGGGUUUCCGUCCCACUUGGGCUGCCAUGCGUGCCAAACAGGGCCAGGCCAAGGACAACGACAAGGAUAGGGCCGCGCUCAAGGCCAUGUACGGCAUCUCGCCCAACUACGCCGGCGACCCGACCAUCGAACGCAAUCGCUCCGCCGACAUCCCCGAUAGCGAGAACUGCGCCCUUUGGAUCACCUUCCUUCCGCCCGACGUCACCCACCGCGAGAUCCUCGCCGAGAUCCGCAACAUGGGCCGCAUUUGGAGCGUGGUGAUUAGCGGCCCCGAGCCCGCGAAGAACCACCACACCGCGGCUGCCAAGGUGGUCUUCUUCGAGCUCGGCGCCGCGCAGAAGUUCUACGCCAUGAGCUGCAACCCUGCGCGCCGCUUCAAGGUCCGCGGCCACGUCACCAAGGUCGAGCUCAACCGCAUCAAGACUGCGCAGGACAACCGCCGCAACAACUCUCGCGUGCUCCGCAUCAAGGGCCGCCCCGACGUGGUCAACAAGGAUGCUCUCACUGCGUACUUCAAGCAGAAGAUCACCUUCGAGGUUGACGAGGUCAUCACCAUCGUCAUGAACGAGGACAUGGGCGACGUGGAGUACCGCUUUGGUAGUUUCGGCAACCAGGCGGAGUUGGCAUACCUGGCUUUGCAGCGCGAGUACGAUGUUGGCGGCAUUCAUUCCCCGUACUGGGAGGUUCAGUACGGCCAUGACCCCUGCGCGCCGCAGCCUAGCGCGUACAACUGA